AAGUGCAACAAACAAUACUAGCUGGAGCAAACGGCAACGUUUUCUGCAGCUUCUCCUAACUUGGUCUUCUUGGAAAAUUUGUAUGAAAUACCCGUUUACUAAAGCUGCUUAAGUGAAGGGAUUAAAGAGAGAAGAAGAAUGUCAGAUCAUCUCUGUGAAGAAGUUGUGGCUGAAAUCUUGAAGAGACUGCCAGUCAAAUCUGUAUUGAAAUUUACAAGUGUGUGCAAAUCAUGGUAUGCUCUCAUCACAAACCCUAAUUUCAUUUCCCUUCACUUAGCUAACUCCUCUCAAGCCAACAAAAUCUACCAUCUUUUCAAGAAAUAUUGUAAGAAACCAGAAUUUGUGUUGCACAGUGAUAAUGACUCAUUAAGUGAGUAUAGAGUCCUGGAUUUGCCUUCAAUUUGUGGGUGUGCAAAUUAUUUGGAGUUAGUUGGUUCAUGUCGUGGGUUGGUUUGUUUAUUUGAUAGAAUUAAUAAUUGCCUGAUUUUAUGGAACCCUGCAAUUGGAGAGUUUAUUACAACUUCUUUAAGUAAUAUUUGCUAUGGGCUCUUUGACAUUCUCGGAUUCGGGUUUGAUAGAAAGAACAAUGACUACAAAGUGGUGAGGAUUGUUUAUGCUUUGAAAGAUACACCUUUUCCACCAGUUGCUCAGAUUUUUGAACUUAGCUCCAAUUCUUGGAAGACUGUUACCAGUCAGAAUCUAGAAUAUGAUGUUUAUGGUUUCUCACGUCAUGUUAAGUUGAAUGGCGUUUUUCAUUGGUUUGCAAGAUUACACGAUGACAGGAAAAAAAUGAUAGCAUCAUUUGAUUUGAGCAACGAAGCAUUUCAAAAGUUAAUGCUCCCUCAUGCCCUAGCUGAAUUAAGUGACAGUGAUUUCUCUUUAACAGUGUACAACCAGUCAUUAGCUGUGAUAAACUAUGGUGAAUUCAAUAGGGAGCAAUUUUACUAUUUAAGAUGUUCAAUUUGGGUGAUGAAACAGUAUGGUGCAGCAGAAUCUUGGACUAAACAAUUUACCAUAAAUUUUCAUAAUGGAGGUUUAUGGAGGGUGCUAAGAUUUCAAGGAAAUGGCCGAAUUCUUAUUGUAGAUUUUCAUCAUGGUGAGAUAGCUUCUUAUGACCCUCAGACACAAAGGGUUACCCCUCUUGGGGUCUAUGGAUCCCACCUCCAAGUGCAUUCUUACAUGGAGAGCCUUGUUUUACUCAAGGGAAAAAGGAACAACAACAAGUUAAAGCAAGCAUAGAAUAGUAAGACUGAAUUCUAAGCAAUUUAUUCCCAAAAUACACUGCUCAAUUAGGUUUCACCAUACAUAUUUCUAAAAACUGCUAAUUUUUACCGUCCUUUUGAUAAAUUUUGUGAUAUUUACGUAACUCGAAAUUUGAGAUUGCGCGUUCAUGUUAUGGUUUGGUCUGUGUGUGUCUAAUGAAUGUGUGUGCACAUCGGGUAUAGCUAAUGAGUGCAAAGUUGUUAGUUUUUUGUAUGAUUCAGAAAUGCUUUGGUGCUUGUGCUUACUUGAAUCCAUUGGCUUGAGGAGCAUAACUGUUGCAAACCAUGAGUUUUAUUUUCUGUUUUGGUUGUUUAUGAUGUGUUAUGAUUUUUCAUGAAGUCUUUGGUUUUAAGAGAAUUGUUGCAUUUGGAUGUGAAUAAGUGUGGUUGGUGUAAGCAACGUAGUUUUGGUGUGUAAGAUUAUGGAGGCCUAAUUAGGUCACUAAGCUUUAGAAGAAAUUCCACUUCAGAUAAGAAAUUGUAAAAUUCUGCUUUAGAAGAAAUUGUAAAAAAUACUCCUGUUUAGAACUUUGUCUUCAUAUGAAAAUUUAAUCUUUGACGAGUUUUUAGAGCAUCCUUUUCAGACGGUUCAACUGGGCGUGCCAUAAGAUUAUUUCCGGGAUUUUAGAAAAAAAAAGAACUGUCAUUUUGAUUAUUUGGGACAUGCGAGAGGAUAAUACUUCAAAUUUCUUAUUACUUGACUACUAAUUAGUGAUUGUAAGAAUAUGAAAGGACUUUAACACUUCCUCAGCUUUCUGUAAUAAUAGACUUAAAUCUGAAACAAUGAAUGCCUUAAAAGCUGUAAAUUUCAUUAAUGAAAAAGCAAUAGACUGCUAAUGGAUUUCUAAGAUUGCUAGAAAUAUUUCUGAAGUUUUUCUCUCUUGGAUUAUUUGUCGGAUUACUGGUUUUUGAUUGUUAAUCAAUUGACUGUUCCAAGAACUCUCUUUUUAUGCUUUUCCAACUACUAUCAGGUAGUUAUUUUCCAUAUCUUCAUCUUGCGCAAUUUAAAUACACUAUCAACUGCUAGUCCAAUGCAUCAAGAAUUGGCUAGCUCCUAAAUGCUAAAUGCUAAAAAUAAAUGAUGAGAGGGCGAACUCUUUCUUCCAACAAUUCAUGAUGAGAUCUGUUUGACAAAUGACAACUAUUAUAACUAGUACGCAUGCAUGACAUUUUCGCUAGUAAUUACAAGUCCUCUGUUGCGUUUGCAUGACAUUUUACAUUUUUCAUUUGAAUAACCAAAUAGAAAAAAUUCGUCAUAUUAUAACUAUGAUUUGACUGUUGAUCAAAUUUCCAUAAUAUAUCUAGCAAGUGAAAUGGUUUAACUUUUUACAUUUAUAACAUCGCUGUAUUAGCUUUUCUACUUUUACCAUUAUCGCUUAAACUAAUUAUAACCAUACAUAAUACGACUUUUUAAUAUACUGACAAUUUUUUUCUAUUGCUGCUCCUUCCAAACAGAGAAUAAGCAAUUAUUUUGUUCUAUGAUGGUUCUGCUUCUCGGGUGCUGCUCCGACAACAUUACUUCUCUAAUGACGUUGCUCCUCGACAAUGCUGCACCUCCAACGGCACUGCUAUUUUGUUUUUAGAUCAACACUCAUCAAUGACUCAGCUGUCGUAAUAGCUACAAAUACAGCAGCAAUCCAACUUGCGAACAUACCAGAGAAACCUAGCAUUGUUGCCCUGUUUCGAAGAGAAAGAUAAACAGGGUGCUUGAUAAAAUGCACCCUUUUACUAACGUGUUCCUGCUAAAUGAAUUCUAGAAGAUAUUUCAGAAAGGAAACAGAAGGCCUGUGCUGCUAUUUCAGCAUAAGACAGGUCUGUCUCGAGGAGCCCGACUGGUAACAUUUAUAAUGAAAGGAGAAGUGUUGAAAGUUGAGCAACCGGACGAGAGCCGAGAGAUUCUGAGAUUAUGUACAAUAAAUAUGAGAUGGGUAUUGCGUGUAUCUGUGGAUUUUUCAGAGUUAGGGAAUACUUAUGCAGGCAUUCAUUGUCGGUGUGCUGAACCAAUAAUGUCUAAAUGCAAUUUUUUCUUGAAUUUUACACUGUUUACAUCAAA